CAUCUGGCCACACCCCCAGGAUCACUCAACAGCUCCACCUCCUCGUCGGUGAUUGGCUGCCGGUACUGUAGCUCAGGAGAGGCACACAGGCGACCAAUCACUGGCGAGGAGGUGGAGCUUGGAAAGGAGGAGCCAAGCGGCAGCACAAAGGUCAAAGAAGAUCGAGUGAGGGAGCUUCCGGAGCGAGUGAAGAGGAGGAGAGCGGCCGGAAAUGGAAGACAGCUGACUGGUAACAGCCAGGUAUGCUGGCUGUAGAUGGGAGAGGUAGGGAGCGAGCCCCGGCUGGAGUAGGGGUCAGCAAGGUAAGUAUCAUUGGUGUCAGUGGGAG